AUGGGUUCCCCAGAAGACACUGACUAUCCUCAAAUCAUUGUGCAAUACAGCAAUGGAUUUUUAAUCUCAAAGGUUAUGUUCACUGCCUGUGAGCUGGGGGUGUUUGAUCUUCUUCUGGAGUCAGGAAAGCCUCUGUCUUCAGAUGCCAUUGCUGCAGGUCUGGGUGCCAGCACCAUGGGGAUGAAAAGAUUGCUGGAUGCCUGUGUGGGAUUGAAGCUCUUGGCAGUAGAGAUGACACAAGAAGGAGCGCUCUACAGAAACACAGAAAUUUCCAAUGUCUACCUUACAAAAUCAAGUCCAAAGUCUCAGUAUCAUAUUAUGAUGUAUUAUUCCAACACAGUCUACUUGUGCUGGCAGUACCUGGCUGAUGCUGUGAGAGAAGGAAGAAACCAAUAUGAAAGAGCUUUUGGUGUUUCAUCUAAAGACCCUUUCGGAACAAUGUACAGAUCAGAUGAAGAAAUGUUAAAAUUCAUGGCUGGCCAGAACUCAGUAUGGAGUAUAUGUGGCAGAGAUGUUCUUGCUGCAUUUGACCUUUCCCCUUUCACGCAGAUCUAUGACCUGGGAGGAGGUGGAGGAGCUUUGGCCCAAGAGUGUGUUUCUUUAUAUCCAAAUUCUACCGUCACAAUUUAUGACCUGCCCAAAGUUGUGCAGGUGGCCAAAGAACAGUUUGUUUCCCCCGAGGAGCGUCAGAUCACUUUCCAAGAAGGAGACUUCUUUAAUGAUUCAAUACCUGAAGCUGAACUCUAUAUUUUAUCCAAGAUACUGCAUGAUUGGGAUGAUGACAAAUGCAAACAACUGCUGGCAAAAGUCUAUAAAGCUUGCAAACCUGGUGGUGGAGUACUGCUGGUUGAAUCCCUUCUGAAUGAAGAUAAAAGUGGGCCUGUAGAAACCCAGCUAUAUUCAAUGAAUAUGUUGGUCCAGACAGAAGGGAAAGAGCGAACAGCAGCAGAGUACAGCAAGCUCCUGGAGGCAGCUGGCUUUGGAAUGAUUCAAGUAAAGAGGACUGGAAAACUCUAUGAUGCUAUGUUAGGAAGGAAACAGUAG